AGAAGCCGUGCCCAGCUAGCAAACCCCCGGGGACCCUGGCCCAGUCCUACCCCAGGAGCGUGGCCGAAAUGGGGCGGCACUGCCACCUGGUGGACAGCAAGCCCGGUGGCCCUGAAGCCAAAUACCCCGAGGAGGAGGCCUCAGAGGAGGGGGCCGGCAGCGACGCAGAGACCCCUCCCAGGAAGAGGAUCAAACUGGAGUUCCCUCCGGAGAGCCCCCAAUCCAAGGGGAAGGAGGAGACCUCGCUGGGCAGCUCCGAGGACUCCGACAGCAGCAGCAGCGCUUCGGAGCCGGAGAUGCUCCCCCAGCCGACGGGGCUCCUGCCCAGGAAGGUGAACGGUUGCAAGACCGGUGGGCAGAGGACCAUAGUCCCCAGCAGUCCCUGCACGUCGGAGUUCACCUCUGUCAUCCAGAUCCAAAAGGGCGCCUCCCUCAGAGCCGGCCCGGCCCUCAGCAUCAAAUCGGAGCAGGGGCUCCAGGCCAAAGCCAGGCUCUGGACCUGUCCCAGGGCGAAGGCCAGCUCUUUCCCCGUGAACAAAGCCCUUCGGCUGGAGAAGCCCCUGGUGAGACCGGCGCCCUCGCAUUUAUACGUCUCCAUCCCUGACUCAGUGCUCACCCCGCCCGAGGUGGACAACGGUCCGGCCAAGGGGGGGCCCUUCAGCGCCUCUCCCCGGGCGCCUCCGUCCUCCUCGGGGGACACGCUCUCGCCUCCGCUCUCGGGCUCCCCCUGCGAGGACCGGGGCACCGCCACGCCCUUCACCCCGCUGCUCUACCCGACGGAGAUGGACGUUCUCCAGAGAUUCCACACCAGCAACGUCGUCGUCCCGUUGAUGCAUCAGCUCGGCAAUCCACACCCCACCUCUCCGGCGGGCUCCCCGGGACUCUACACCACGAGUACCAUUCGCUACGCCCCCGCGGACAUGACCCUGGCCAUGCCGAGCAACAUGCUGCCGCCUUCCCACGCCCACCCCCUCAGUCUCAUGGACAUCAGCAGCGCCGAGGCCAAGACCUCCCGGGAGAUCAUGUACCACCACCUGCAGCGGCUGAACAUGGUGGGCCCGUUUGGGAACUCCGCUAGCUUGGCCCAGAUUUCUGGGGGAGCCUUUGCGGCCACGGACUCUUUGUUUUCCACCCUGCCCUUCUCUGUGGCCAGUGGGGGGAUCCACAGUGGGUCAGCUCUGGAACGCAAGGAGGAUUAG